GGAUUUCACAUCUACGAUUUAUAGGUUAGAAAGUACUUUUCAAAGCCUGUUUAUCUGGUGUAGAAGUUUAUUUAUCAUUUCAUUGGUAUUUAUUUCAUUCUAUCCAUAUCAUUCUUUCAACUUUCACCAAUAUGUCUAAAAAAUCAAAUAAGAAAAAUAAAAUUGUCAAUGAAGAUGAUGAUUUCAAUUCAAAAAAUGGUGUAGCCCUUAAACGUAAGGACUUGAAGAAAAAAGGUAAAGGUGAUUACAGUGAGGAUGAAGAUGAUCUUAAAUCAAAAACUAAGGUCGAUGAGAAAUUGGAAAUGGGAUCUAAAAAAAAGUCUACACUAGAUGAAAAGGACACUGAACAAAAACCUGAAACAAAGAAGAAGGGUUCCAAAAAAGGCAGAUCAAAGGAUGAUUGGUCAGAUAAGGGAAGUGAUAUUGAAUUGAAAUUAUCUGAAGAUGAGGAAUCAGUACCAAUUGCAAAAAAAGGCAAAAAAGGAAAGCAAAUAAAGUCCACUAAAGGUAAAUCAAAAAAUGUGAUUGAAGCUAGUGAUGAGGAACAAAAAAAGUCAGAUGAUGAGAAACCUCCUGAACCAGUCAUCAAAGAAAAAAAGGGAAAACGACAAAAUAAAACUGCCAAAGGAAAGGCUAAAAAUGAUGAUUGGUCUGAUAAGGAUAGCGAGGUUGAUAUGAAUUUAUCAGAAGAUGAAAAGCCUGUUGCACCAAUACCUAAAGGAAAGAAAGGAAAACAGAAAACAAAAGGAAAAUCGAAAAAUGAUGAUUGGUCUGAUAAAGAUAGUGAUGUUGACGUGAAUUUAUCAGAAGAUGAAAAGCCAGUUGCACCAAUACCUAAAGGAAAGAAGGGAAAGCAGAAAACAAAAGGAAAAUCGAAAAAUGAUGAUUGGUCUGAUAAGGAUAGCAAUGUUGACAUCAAUCUAUCAGAAGAUGAGAAGCCAGCAGUUCCAGUUCCCAAGGGAAAGAAAGGAAAACAGAAUAAAAACACAAAAGGAAAAUCCAAGAAUGAUGAUUGGUCUGAUAAAGAUAGUGUUGAAAUGGACAUUUCAGAAGAUGAAAAACCACCUGUUCCAAUUACCAAAGGAAAAAAAUCAAAACAGAAUAAGUCUACAAAAGGAAUAUCCAAAAAUGAAGAAAUGCCUAGUGUCGAAAGUGAUAUGGAAUUAGAUGAAUCAGAAGAUGAAAAACCAGUAUUGCCUGUGGUCAAAGAAAAAAAAGAAAAAUUAAAUGAAGCUUCCAAGAGUACAUUAAAGAUAGAAAGUUUAUCUGGAGACAAUGAUAUUGAAAAAACAGAUAAAGACAACGUCCCAGAAGAAAUUGAAAGCAAUGUGGCUAAAGAUGAAUCUAAACUUGAUGAGAAGAAGUCUGAUAAUAUUGAACAAGUUAAAGUAGAAGAACCAAUUAAAAAAGAGAAGAAAAUUAAAACUAAAACAGUUGAAGAAAUAAAAGAUGAAGUAGCUACAGAAAAGUUACCUAAUGAAGAAUCCAUUGAGAAAUUAGCUGAAGAAGUUGACAAUAUGAAGAUUGCCAGCGAGAAAGUAGAAGAGAAAAAUAGUGUGAGCUCUGAAAAAAAAAUGACCCACAAAGAAAAGAAGAAAAUGAAAAAACAACAGGACUAUGAGAAACAGAUGGAAACAAUGCUGAAAAAAGGAGGACAAGGACAUUCGGAACUUGAUAGCAAUUUCACAGUAUCUCAAGCUCAAAAGUCCAAAGGACAAUUGGAAGCUCUAGAAAAUGCUGUAGACAUCAAAGUUGAAAAUUUCACUAUCUCAGCUAAAGGAAAUGAUCUCUUUGUUAACGCAUCUCUACUAAUUGCCAACGGAAGACAUUAUGGUUUAGUUGGACCCAAUGGUCAUGGAAAAACUACUCUUCUUCGACACAUUGCAUCAAGAGCAUUUGCUAUUCCUCCAAAUAUAGAUAUUCUAUAUUGUGAACAAGAAGUAGUGGCCGAUGAUUUCACAGCUGUUGAAUCUGUACUGAAAGCUGAUGUAAAAAGAACAAAAUUGUUGGAAGAAGUGAAAAAACUUGAGGAAACAUUCAAUCUGGGUGAUUUGGAAGUUCAAGACAAACUUAAUGAAGUGUAUGCAGAAUUGAAAGCUAUUGGAGCUGAUUCUGCAGAGCCAAGAGCACGCAGAAUCUUGGCAGGUUUGGGAUUUUCUAAAGAAAUGCAGGACAGAGCAACUAAGAAUUUCUCUGGAGGUUGGCGAAUGAGAGUUUCUCUGGCUAGAGCUUUAUAUUUGGAACCUACCCUGUUACUUCUUGAUGAACCUACAAACCAUUUGGACUUAAAUGCAGUAAUUUGGCUAGAUAAUUAUUUACAAGGAUGGAAGAAAACAUUACUUAUAGUUUCUCACGAUCAAUGUUUCUUAGAUAAUGUUUGUAAUGAUAUUAUUCAUUUGGAUACACAGAAAUUACACUACUACAAGGGUAACUACUCAAUGUUCAAAAAAAUGCAUGAACAGAAAAGGAAGGAAAUGAUUAAAGAAUAUGAAAAACAAGAAAAACGUUUGAAGGAAAUGAAAUCUCAUGGAACUUCCAAAAAACAAGCUGAAAAGAAACAGAAGGAAGCGUUGACCAGAAAACAAGAGAAAAAUAGGAGUAAGGUUAUGAAAGAAGAAGAAACAGUACCUACGGAACUUCUUCAAAGGCCUAAAGAUUAUAAUGUGAAAUUUUCAUUUCCUGAACCACCACCCUUACAACCGCCAAUCUUGGGUUUGCAUGAUGUGACUUUUGCUUAUGAAGGUCAAAAACCUCUUUUUGUUAAUGUUGAAUUUGGAAUUGAUAUGAGUAGUAGGGUAGCUAUUGUUGGUCCUAAUGGGGUAGGAAAAUCCACAUUCCUAAAAUUGUUAACUGGCGACUUGGAACCUACUAAGGGAGAAGUUAGGAAAAAUUAUAGACUGAGAAUUGGAAGGUUUGAUCAGCAUUCAGGAGAACAUUUAACUGCAGAAGAGACUCCAUCUGAGUAUUUAAUGAGAUUAUUUAAUUUGCCUUAUGAAAAGGCUAGAAAACAGCUUGGUACAUUUGGUCUAGCAAGCUUUGCACACUCAAUAAAAAUGAAAGAUUUGUCUGGAGGUCAAAAAGCUAGAGUAGCUUUAGCUGAGUUAUGUUUGAAUGCUCCGGAUGUACUCAUUUUGGAUGAACCUACAAAUAAUUUGGAUAUUGAGUCAAUUGAUGCAUUAGGAGAAGCAAUAAAUGAAUUUAGUGGAGGAGUUAUAAUAGUGUCUCACGACGAAAGGCUCAUAAGGGAAACGGAUUGUGCAUUAUUUAUUAUAGAAGACCAGACAAUAAAUGAGAUGGAUGGUGACUUUGAUGACUACAGAAAAGAACUUCUGGAAAGUCUUGGUGAAGUUAUCAAUAAUCCUAGUAUAGCUGCUAAUGCUGCUGUUCAACAAUAGAAAAAUAUAAAAUAAUUAUUUUAAUAAAAA